AGGAGCGAAUCCGGAAGUGUGGCGUCUCCCAGCAACGGAGAUGCAAAGUAACCGCAGGUCUCGCGCUGCUAAAUGGUAACAACACAGAAAUAACAUAAAUCAAUUAUUUAACCAGAAUAAAAUGAAUCAUUAAUUCAGCUGAAUUUUGGAUGUAGUAUUGCUGAUUGAACGAUUACUGUUAAUACAUUUGGGGAAAUACUGCUUCAUAACAGCUCUCUGCUAAGUUAACGUUAACGUUACUCAGGAACAAGAUACAACGGAAACAGAGAUGGAAAGCGGUGGGUGUGAUGGAGGUCUCCCAGAGGAUCAGAUGAACAGGCAGGAAGAGGCUCCGGGUGAAUUCACUGAGCCUAAAGAGGUGGAAUCGAUGGAGCUUUCAGACAAUUAUGACAGAGACAUCGAUCAUGUUGGGACCAGUGGAUACUUUCAAUUGGACAAUUCUGAUAUAAACCACAGGUGGACACCUGUUAUACCACAUCACACUUUCCAGCUGGAGAUCAGUGACAUUGAGGCAGAAAGUAGAGCCGGAGAGGAAUACGAGGAAGAGGAAGAAACUGUGGUGCUGGAUCCUGAGCAUCCUUUAAUGAAAAGAUUCCAGUCUGCAUUGAAAAAAAACCUCAGCAAUCAGGUGGAGAGAUUGCACCUUGAGCUCGGCGAAAAGAUAGUAGUGGAGAAGGCAGAGGCCCAGAGGUGCCAUAACCUUGCUGAAGAGGUAUACAUGGUCCACAAGAUGUUGGCCAGACUCCAGGCCUCUCUGGAAGCAAGUCAUGAGGCCAAUGCCCAGACUGUUGCUCAUCAUAGACAGGCCCAAGACCAGCUGGAUAGGGUAAAAAAUCAGUACCAAGAUACUGCCAGUCAGGCCAAAAAACAACAAAUGCAAGUCUCGGAAUUACAAUCUAAAGUGGACAACCUGGCCCUAAAGUUGCUCUACAUGCAGGAGGCCAAUAGUGACCUGCGUUCAGACAUCAAAGCAAUAAUGAAUGCUUCACAUAAAGUCCAGAAAGAGAGAACGCAGGCAGAGGAGCAAAAAUAUCAGCAGGAUCUUUAUGUUGAGCGUUUGACGAUGCAUGUUGAAAAGCUCUCAGAGCAGAUCUCUCUGUAUGAGGUUCAGAUCACCGCUCAGACUGAUCAGACAAAGGCUGCAAAGGAAGCUCUUUCUGAGGCGCAGCUGGAACUGGACUCAGUGACUGUCGAGCGUAGGCAGUUACUCCAGCAAUGGAAUAACAGCCUUUUAAGGAUGAGGAGGAGGGAUGAAGCUUACACUGUAAUGCACGAGGAUCUGAGGCUGGCCAAUGAUCAGGUGCACUCUCUGGACACAGAGAUUGAGGGCUAUAAAAAGUCCAUCACAAAGGUGGAAGAGCAGAAUGAGCAUCUCACUCUGCGUCUGAACCGAGCCCAGACUGACUCCACCACCUCACGUAAACUCAUCACAUACUCCCAGAACCACCAGGAAGUCCUACAGGCCCAGUACAGCACGUAUAUGCGAAUGCUGCAGGAAACAGAGAAGACCCUCAGCACAUUGCGUGGGACCCUCGAGGUGCGUCAGACCGAAUUCAAGGCUCUCAGGAAGCAGAUGGAGAAAGAGUCUGCAGUGCGUUCGGACCUGGAGGACCAGCUCAUGAGCAAAAUGCAAGAGCAGCUUACUCACAAUAAUGCAGCAAAGUACUCACGCCGACUGACUGAUAAAACUGUAGGACACAGGAGAGAGAAGGAGGCUCAGUUAACUAAAUUGGAGAAUGACAUCAACACAGUAACACUGGAGGGGCAAGAGGUAGUGACACAUCUGGAUUCUCUUGUUGCAUUUCAAGCUGAACUUGAGCAGGAAAUGAGCCAGCGACACUUGCUGCUGUCUUCUCGUGAGACAGAGAUUGCUAAACAAGUCACAGAGAUUGAGCGAAAGCAGUCCACAAUCAGCAUCUACAACAAGAAGAUCAAGGAUAUUGUGUCCAGUACUGGGCAUGAAGACCUAGGUCCUCUGGAGAUCCAUGCAGCCACCUUGUCUAAGGAGCUGGAGGAAGUUGGUGCUGACAUCAAAGAGCAGCAGCAGUUGUGGCUUUGGCAGCAGGGGGAGUUAGUGAGAUUCACUCAGGAAAAACAGGCCCAUGGCUCUUCUGUACAGAUCCUACGAACACAACUCACAAUACUGCAACAGAGCAAGAUCAGGAAAGAGAGUGAGAUGGAGCAGGAGCAGCGCGAGCAGACAGAUCUGGAUAAACAAAUCAAAGCUCUUAUGGCAGACAUGGUAAAACUGAACUCUCUGCUCAGUAAAAACAGCGAUCUGAAUCAAGCCCUGCAACAGAGCAACAGUCUGAUGGAAACAGAGUUCAGACAGAGACUCAAGGAGGCCGAGAGGGAUUCAGUUGAAACUCAGUUGAAGCUGGAGAGGUUAAACGAAGAGAAAGAGAGACUUAUCAACAGCCUAGUGGAGGCAGAGCAUCAGAUCAUGCUGUGGGAGAAGAGAACCCAGCUGAUGCGAGAGACUCGCUCUGCUAUAGAUUCAGACAUCGGACAGGGAGACAUACGAACCAUGAGAGCAGAGAUUCACCGUAUGGAGGUUCGUUAUGCUCAAUUGAUGAAGCAGCAAGAGAAAUUGUUAAGAGACAUGGAGUCAGUGGUGGCCAGACGUGAGACUAUAGCUGUUCGGAGUGAGGCUCAGGCACGAUCCGACCAUAAGCAGCCCACACACAGUGACUACCACAACACUCUCCAGAGCCUCCGUCGAAAGAUUCUCCAAACUAAGAAGCAAGCAGAAGAGUGUGAUAGUGUUAUAGCUCAGCUGGAGGAGAGGCAGGGCUCUAUGACCUCCAGCCUCCGAGACAAACAUGUGCAUCUCAGUGACCUGCAGAAUACCAGUGUGGUUCUUACCCAAGACCUCAGGGCGCUACAAGAAGCCAAAGAAAGAAAUAUGUCUCGUCUUCCUGUGCUACAGGGUCGAGCGAAAUACCUGCAGGCUGUUAAAGAGGGGCAGUACACUCCGGUGGCAAGUGGAGACAUGGCAUUGGAGCUGGCUACACAGAAACAUGAAGAGAGAUUGAAAAUGGUCAGCUCCAUUAUCCAGAAUUUGGCUGAAGAGUACCCUCAGCACCACAGCGCUCUCCACAGGAUCAACCUCAUAUUAGCUGAACACCUUCACAAUGGACUUCAGGGCCGCCAGUAACCUUGAAAUGCCUAUUACAUGAAAUAAAAGACAUGUACGUACAUACAUACAUACUCACAUACAUGUUUGGCAGCUUUUGUCCUGGUUAGUAAAAGGUCUGGUUUAUUAUAAUGACAGUGAUAUAGAGACUGAAUGUCUGUUAUGGUAAGGAUGUUUUUAUCAAGAGGUGGGUGAAGGAUGUCUUCAGAUAUAGCAAAACAGUCCAUGUUAAACUAACUUUAACUUUAAUGAAUCAGUGUAAACACAGUUGCAACCAUCUUUACUUUAAAAAGCAUUGUGAUUGAGUAUCUUAAAUAAAAUCUCUUUUGAACAAUUUUCCCUAAAAUGUCUUAUCACUUAACCAUGAUUUAUUUAAAUAAAUAAAAAAUCCAUAGGAUAUAUACAUAUGAUGAGGGUCAAAUAGCAUCUACAUUAGUGCAGUGGCUUCUGAAAUAACCCUGAAACAAAACUGAAAGCUAAAUUACAAUAAAUUUGAAGCUCACAGCAAAAGAUGUGUGAUAGCAGUUGCCAAAGUGAAACCAAUGAGGCAAAGUGGAGAAAAGCAGAAGCUUGUGAUUUCACAAACCAACAAAACAAGAAUAAUGAUCCUGGGUGGAGCUAAAUUAACAGCUUGACAAAUGUACAAUAUUGUCAGAUCCAUGGAAAUGCAUGAUUUGUUUUUUAAAUUAUAAAAUGUUGUGCAAUUUCUCAAUAAUUCUUUUAAAUGUGAUUUGUUUUGGCAUGCAUUAAAACUCUUUAUUAAUAUUAAUAAGAUUUUGCUUCAUCUUUUUAGUUGCAUCACGCCAGUAGUAAUGUUAUGUUCUUCUUUGCGCUAAUAUCUGUAUUCCAGCUAGCAGCGCCCUGUUUAUAUUAUUACAAAAAUGGCUAAACAGAUAUCUAUGACACAUGUAAAAAGAAAAGGUCUAGACAAAUUUGACAGGACAACUUGACAAGUUUGUCUUUUGAAAGUGAACUAACAGAUAAUUAGGAUUACAACAGUAUUAUCAACCACUUCAAUUCAAAACCCAGCCCACAAGAACAUAAACCAUAAAGAAUCUAAUCCCAAACUUUUGAAUGGUACACUUUACACAUUUUUUACAUAUUAAGUAUAUAGAACAGUAUAUCAAAAUAAACAAGAUUGAACAUCGAUAAAUUUAUACAGGUUUAUUUCAGUUGUUAGAGGCGAUUAUUCAUUAAAACAUCAAGAGUUUGAACAACUCACUGAACAAUGUAGACCAAUGUUCAGCUCCAACCCCAAUUAAACACGCCUACUCUAGCUAAUCAAUGUCUUGCUUACUAGAAACUUCCAGGCAGCUGUGUUGAGGCAAGUUGGGGCUAAACUGCAGGAGACUGUGUUUAGGCAUCCCUGAUGUAUACGAUAGUUAAAGGCUAAUCUGUAUCCUAAUGUUGUAUAAAAUGUAUUUCAAUCACAGAUGACUGCUAAUAAAAACAUUAUAAACUGUUAUGAAAAGGCAAACACAACGCAAUGCUAAAACAAAAAAUAUAUAUAUAUUUUUACCUUACCUUAUUAAAUAAUCCAUUUUUCACAGUGUCUGGUUUGUGUUCCCUGGGUUUUCACUAGAGGUCUCUUUCCCUGAUCGUCACCCUUAUCAUGAACUGCAUUUCCCCUUAACCCUUUGCCUGAACUCAUCACUGAUCAUUGCACACAGCUGUUUCCACUCAUUGUUUGCACUUGUCUAUUUAUACCCUUGUCUGUUUCUGUGUUAGUUGUUAAGUCCUUGUUUUAUGUCAGCUGCACUUCAGUGUUCUUGUUUGUUUCUUGUUUUUGGACUUUGUUGUAUGGAUUUUGACCCUUUGCCUGUCUGACGAUGAUUAUGGAUUACCCUAAAUAAACACUGCAUUUGGAUCUUA